CUUACCUGUCCAUAGUGUGCAGCCCAGUGCAAAGGGGUCCAUCCGUAGCUGGAGUCCUCAGCAGUCAGAUGAACCUGGUUCGAGAGCUGCUGCGAGAGUGACACCAGAACUCCAACAUCUCCAUCCCGGCAGGCUCGGUGGACGGGAAACCUGUUCCCAAACACCUCAUCAUUACAGGUGGAGAAGUCCGGUUCCGGUCCCGCCGACAUUAGUGAACUCAUGACAGCAGGAGCGUGUUUCUCCCGGUGUCUCCAGGUUGCAGAGAGUCGCCUGAAAAAGAAAUAAAAGAAGCAGAAAGCUACGCAGUUGACACAACUACCACAAGAUGGCGUCAUCUUUAGGUGGGAAAUCACUGGUUCUUGGUCUCCAAGGAGCUCAGGACAGUUUUGUGCGAGUGAGGAAAAGCGAUUUGGACAAGUUGACCACGGAAGUGAUGCAGCUCAGAGAGUUCCUGCCCCGAGUGCUGAACAGAGACCUGAUGGAGAUGCUGCACAAAGCUCGAGCAGCUCACACAGUGAAGGAGCAGUUUACUCAAGAACAGGAGCAGCUGAGACAGGAGUGUCUUCACCUGCAGUCCCGACUCGAUGCAGUGCAGACAGAGUGUCAGAAAGAGAGAGAGGAGAAGCUAUUGUUGCGGGAGCAGCUGUGGCAGAGUGGAGCAGAGCUGCAGCAGCAGGCCGACUUCUGCUCCAGUCUGGGAUCUGCAUCCUGCAGUCUGCUGUGGAGCUGCUCCUCCAGCGAGCAGACGGUCACACACUGGCUCGCUGACGGGAAGCUGCAGUCCUUCCUGCUGGUCGCUGCUCAGACUCUGGAGAGCUUCGUCAGGUCUCUGGACGAGGAGGUGAAAGCUGAGGACCACAACUCCCAGGAGCACCAGUUCGUUCUGGCUGUAGCUGGAACCAUCACCAAUAUCGCAGCAGUACCUUGUGGGCGGGACUUUCUGUCCAGCUCGGCUCACGUGCUGUUGGACACUCUGAUGAAACUUCUGGAGCUGAUGAAAUCGGGAGUCUUCCCCAAACUCAAAGUGUUGAUGCUGAUGGCUCUGUAUAACGUCAGCAUCAGUAUUAAAGGACUGAAGUACAUCAGUGAGAACCCUGGACUGCUGCCUCUUAUCUGGACCCUGCUGGACGAUGGAGACUGGGAGGUGUGUCUGCACUCGCUGCGUCUCCUGCAGUCUGUGUUGUUGGAGGAGGAGGUGCUGCUCCUGCUGGGCUCGUCUCUGCUGGAUCCUGAACUCCAGGCUCGGGUCAGCGGGCUCACCUCCAGCAAGCAGUCCAGCCUGAGAGUGACUGCCCAGCAGACUCUGGAGGACCUGCAGGCCCUCACACAGGGUCGGAGAUCUAAACAGAGCAGCCUCUGAUGUGGAUUAUGUGUCUUCAGUAGUUCACUUCUGUUCAUGACUUCAGUAUUUGUGCUGUUUUUUGCACGCCAUGUGUUGAACAGGGACAUAAAGGAGAUGCCCGCGUUUUCAUCGACAGUUUAACCUGUACAUUUUCUCUUUUUGUUUACUUGCACUGUUCAAAGAAUUGUUCUAAAAAUUGUUCCUUAAUUGCACACUUAAUGUUUAUAUGAUAUCACCCGUGAAUACGAGACAUAUUAAAGUUCAUGUUUUCACACUUUCA